AUUAUCACCGGCAUGUGACCUGAAAUUUGUUAAAAGUAGCAGCAAUUCAAUGCAAUACAUAAUAUAGAAAAACACAAAAUAAAAUAAUAAUGUGAAUCAAUUACAGUAUACGUAAAAGGACCGCUUCUUUGUCUCAAGACGCUCGCAUUCAGUCAAUACUUUCGGUAAUGUUCUAUAACAUUCCUUAAAACCAAUAGGACUGUUGCCAUUCCUGUGGUUCCCCUGGGAUGGGACCCUGCUACAGUAAUUAAGGGGCUUCCUCACCCAGCCCUGUAGAAAUUAGAAUACUUUGCCUAAAGUUAUGGUUUCAGGUCGAAAGGGACGGUGUAUUUGACAGACGCUUUCCUUGCAGCUCUUUCGCCCUUCCACUGUCUGCACAUUUAUGUUUAGACAAGACCACAAGUCAUUGGAGCAAAUUAGGCCAAUCGGCUCAUCGAGUUUGCUCCAACAUUCGAUCGUGGCUGAUUUAUUCUCCCUCUCAACCCAUUCUCCUGACUUCUUCCCAUAACUUUUCACACCCGUACGAAUCAAGAAACUAUUGAUCCUCGUUUUAAAUAUACCCAAUGAUUUGGCCUCCACAGCCGUCUUUGACAUUUAAUUCCACAGAUUCACCACCUUCUUGAGUGAAGAAAUCCCCCUUCACCUCUAUUCUUUAGGGAUGUCCCUCUAUUGAGGUUGUGCCCUCACUAUAGGAAACAUUGUCUUUGUCCACUCUAUCUAGCCUUUUCAAUAUUCUGUAAGAUUUCCCCUCCCUCCCCGGUUCUUUUCUAAAUUCCAGCGAGUACGGGCCCGGAGCCAUUAAGCGCUCCGCAUACGCUAACCCUUUCCUUCCCGCGAACCUCCACCGUAUCCUCUCCAGUCUUUUCUUAGAUAAGGAGCCCAAAACUGCUCACAAUACUCCAAGUGCGACAGAGAUCAAAAGUAACAAUGUCAGGGCGAAAGGAAUGGGACAUCGAGAAGUGAUUUCUUUAGAGAUCUUACGCACUUCCCCAACGUCUGAAAACUGAGAACUCCCAGUCUUACGCCGUGUGUGUUUAGCUAAGAGAAAUUUAGCAGAGUCAGGACAUGAAUUCGUAAACUCCUCGCUAUAGUAAGAUCGUGCUCUGAAAUUCCACCAGUAGGGACGUCGAUUAAUCUCUCUCUCGCCCUCCCUCCCGGGUGUCGGUACCGAAGUGCUGACACAACCCUCGGUCACCGAAGUCCGGCUCGCUCCUUCCUUUCCCCCGGAGCGCCGCGGCAGAAAACCACACUUCCUCGCAAAGUGAUCCCUCGCGGUAGUUCCUGCCUCAGCCUAAGGAAUUAAACCGCACACUUCGUGGCGGCGUUGUAAACACAGAAGUUUGAAGAGCGGCGUCAAAGCUGGUCGGAAAUAUUCAGGGCGGAGGUUUUGCGGGCCGAGUUGAACAAAAUGUACAUUUUAACUUUUAAAAGGGAGGAGAAACUGUUCCGAUGCCACAAGCAAUCCGCAUUUAAAUUGGAAAACCGAACUGAUGAGCGGCCUGUAUUUAGUGAACACACAGCAAGGAGGCACACGUGUGCGGGAAACGAGCAGGCAAAUCGUGGCAAAUUUAAAGGAUUUUGGGAUCAGGCUGAUUAGGAAUCUGAAUUUAAAAAGGGGCACACGUUAAAUUAAAGGGGUUGUGACUUGAAUGGCGAAUGACUCGAGUUUAAAAUCAGCAACUGCCCCCUGUCGCUCAUCCCUGCAUCUCCGCACUAAGAACAAAUCCAGAUAAUUUUUUGGAGGGGUGGGGUUGUUUCAAAAAUGACACGACAGCGCAGUACACCGGGACUGAUACACUGCCGCGGGGUCAUCUUUCAGAAGUAAUGCAGUGCCAACUCCCGGUCCAGCUGGGUGGAAAGAUCCGGGAUACUAUUUCAGGGAAAAAGUUCUGAUUUCAAUAAUUCUGAGACCUUGCUGGGAGCUCUUUUUUCCUCGACAAUGCACGGGCUACCAGAACCGCUCCGAAGCAGCCGCAGGGUUAUGCACGUUCUCUUUAAGAGAAAUCUCAGCCCCGUUAGGAACUCCGAAACGCGCCAUCUCUUCAGUGAAAUGUAUCAACGCUGGUGAUGCAGUUCCGGGUGCCGGAGCGCAGCUGCGAUUGGCUCCUGCGCACCAACUCUACCCCCGAGGGAAUAAAGAGCUAGCGGAUUAGUUUGAGCCCUUCGCCCAGCGGAGAGACGGGAAGAAAAAAGGGGGGGAAAUUUCCCUCAAUUGACAAGUUCCCACAACAGAAACAAAGGGCUCCGCUCGUUUGGGACCUUACACACACACACAUAGAUACAUACACACACAGACUCAAUCCCUGCAAAGCGAGAGGGGACAAAGAAUGAGCCUGCUUUCAGCAAUCGACACCAGCGCUUCGGUGUACCAGCCAGCCCAGCUCCUCAACUGGGUCUAUCUGUCUCUUCAGGACACCCACCAGCCUAGUGCCUUCGAUGCCUUCAGGCCCGAGCCGGCGACCCACCACCAAGAUCUCAACUAUGCCAAAGCUGCUGAUCUGGGGACUUCGCUCUGUUCCAAUUAUCUCAACAACUUUUCCCAGCUCCACAGGAACGAGCCUAUCAGCAGUGGAUUGUACAAGAAUGCCUCUCCCUAUGGUUCAUUGAGCAACAUCGUGGAUGGACUGAGCUCACUGACAGACCACUUCUCGGAUCUAUCCCUAUCGGCUGAACCUCGCAAACCUGGCAAGAGGCCCCCACCCAACUAUUUAUGCCACCUCUGCUUCAACAAGGGACACUACAUCAAGGACUGCCCCCAGGCUCGUCCCAAAGGAGAAGGGUUGACUCCCUACCAGGGAAAGAAACGCUGCUUCGGUGAAUACAAAUGCCCCAAGUGCAAAAGGAAAUGGAUGAGUGGAAACUCCUGGGCCAACAUGGGGCAAGAAUGCAUCAAGUGCCACAUCAAUGUUUACCCCCACAAGCAGAGACCCUUGGAGAAACCUGAUGGCCUGGAUGUGUCAGACCAGAGCAAGGAGCAUCCUCAACAUCUGUGCGAGAAGUGCAAGGUUCUGGGCUAUUAUUGCCGCCGGGUGCAGUGAGUGGUCUGCCGGCGUCCGUGACCACCCCCACCAGCACCCCUACCCUAUCCACCCGCCUGCCUUCCCCUCCUGACAUUCGAGAGUCCUCAGACCACACUCAUCGGAAGAAGAAUUCACCAAAACCAACAACUAACAAGCCUUAAAUUUGGUAGAAUGUGACUGUUGCCUGUGUAUGUGUGUAAUUCCAGGUUCUAUUUCCAAGUUGUAUUUAUGGUGUUGUUAACUACCAGGAGCAGUAUUACCAAUGGCACCUUAUACGGCGUGUCGUGCCUCCUCUUUGUUUACAGUGACUUUGUACCAUGGACAAGUGCAAAAGGGGAAGAACAUACUGGGCUUCGAGGCUGAUACUUUAAACCCAUCCCCUGCAGUGCCAUUACUAAUCAUUAAGCCAAUAGCACAAGUUCAUUUGCUGUGAAAGGCCACUUUGAUUUCCCCCCAUCCCCUCCCCUCCCGUUUGCCCCAAGUCUUUGGUUUCCAAAAGCUGAUGAGCAUCAGUAUUAGAAUCGUAAAACAAAGGAUAAGAAAUGGUUAUUGGCAAGUGAUGACUGACAAUACGUGUCUGUAGAGUCAAGAGUAGGAGGAAAUAGAGACUCAAGAAUUGAGAGCCGUUGGUUAACUCUUCAGAGUGCUGAUUAAUAUUUCUGUAAAGCACGGCAUUGGAAGUGUGUUAGGUCUCCCACUGGAAAAGAAUAGUGGAGUGGUCAGUAAAUUAAUUACUGUGAGAAUUUUUAUAUCUUUUCAAUAAUAUAAUCAGCAAACACUAAGUGCCUUUAAAAACAUAUUUUCCUUCCUGUCAUUUUAAAAUUAGCGUUAUUCCAAAUUUUUGGCACCACUUUUCAUCUAGGCUGGGAUAUCAUUCACCAUUUCCCCAGUGUUGCUUUGUGAUUCACUAUCAAGAGGUUUAAGACAGCAAGCUAGCCUCUUGGACUGGUGCUCUGUGUAAUUAAGCAUCUUGGAUGUUUGUUAAGUGUGUGGAGAUGGAGGGAGGAAGUGGGAGAGGGCUACCGGGGUGGACUGUGCAUUUAGCUACAGCAUCUCAGUCUAGUGAUCCCACAGGCUGCACACUUGUCCACUCGACCCUCACCACUUCACAUACAAGUUCUGAUUAGUACAAGGAAGUAUCAUAAUCAUUUCAACGUCGGAGUAAACCUAAGUUGCCUGAGAUCCUGCAAACCCCUUAAGCCAGGGAGCAUUUCUGACCAAUCACAUGACCUCUCAGAAGUUUCCGCCCACAUUUCUACAGGGGCAAGUUUAUAUUAUAGAUUGCACAUCUAGUUGUUUUGUUACAGAUCUUUCAAGACAGGUCAGUGUCUCAUUCUUUCUUAAAACAUUAUCAAAACAAAAAAGACAACAAUCUGUAAAUAGCAGUUACUGAAGGUGGCAUUAGUGUGACCACAGGGACAGGCCAAGGUGAACAUAGUGGUGUAUAAUCACAAUUUGUCAUCUGUAACAAAUGUUUAUUAUACUGAUAUUUACCAACAGAAUUUUUGGUGGCUUUUAAACAGAAACUGAUUCACUAGGAAUCCAGUGUCCAUCCCACCCCCCCCCCCCCCCCGGUCUUCUCCUAUCAUUUCGCAUUUCCCCCCUCCCCCCACUACUUUCAAAUCUCUUAGUAUCUCUCCUUUCGGUUAGUUUUGACGAAGGGUCUCAGCCUGAAACGUCGACAGUGCUUCUCCCUAUAGAUGCUGCCUGGCCUGCUGUGUUCCACCAGCAUUUUGUGUGUGUGUUGUUGUUCUCAAAUGCAUACAGCUUUCGAACAGGAACAGCUGAAGGGUCUCCGUAACCAAUCAGACUGCAAGAUUCUUAGUGAGUGUAAACUAUAGGCUAGAACUUGAUGUCAAGCUUUUAUAGGGAGUGCAAUAAAGAAAAGGGAUGAAAGACAGGAUUAGAUGAGCAAGAAUUGAAAGAAACUGAAAGAAAAUGUUCUGCAUGAAUUAUUUAAGUUAAUUUUCUUGAGAUCACCAAUUUAAGGGGCUCGAUCAAUGAGACUGUACAUUUGUCAAAGUAAAUUUUAUGAGUCAGAGGGGGUUAUCUGUAAUUAUUUAAUAAUGUGCCAUGAUCUCCAACAAUUUUUAAAUUUGGAGUCUAAAUUAAUUAGAUUCCACCAUUGUAGUAGUUAAUUUUAAGAAUCGGAAGGGUGAGGGGUAGGGAGGAGGAGGGUAUCUGUAAUCAGUUACUAGCAUGGCAUUUAAAAUCGUAUCUUUAAUGUACAAGCCCUAACCUUCUCUGCAGGGAACACCCUAUUACAGAGGUAUGGUCUUUUUUUAAAAAGGGCAUUCUUUUGAAGUUUGAUCAAGACAGAAACUUGUCCGUUUAGAAUAAAGGCGCUUUUCCUCUCAUGCCAGUGAACUACAGAAAGCCAGCGUGGCUCACCGAGAUUGCUUUAUACACUGUAAUUUUAGCUGAAUGACAACAGCAGAUGGCUUACAGGUUCUUGCUGCAAUACAUGAACAUCACAGUCGGUCAGUGAACACCUGUAAUGGCCAGUGUGUCACUUUUGAGAUAUCUGAAGGACUGCAGAACCCUGGCUUCACCUUACCGCACUCUCCCCAUCUUCCCAUGUUCCUCUGUUUCUGAAAUAGCUCUUGAUAUUUAAGAUCAGUGCUGAUCAUACCUCUUUACAGACAUCCUAUGAUCAUUUGCUCUCUUUAUAAUGCUCCAUCUCCUGGUUUCAAAAAGGCAAUACUUAUUUGGCUCAUGUUUAGGGAGAGUGAUUAACUAUUAGAGAGUACGGUCUCCUCGCUGCCCUACAAUCUAGCACCAUCAAUUGAGAUCUCCAGAACAAGAAUCACAAGUACAGACUCUAGUCUGUGUGAAUGUUAUCUGCACUGAGGCUUGUGGAGAGUCCUGGACUUGCUUCUGAUCGAGCCGUCAGUAUGGUUGAACAGGUAAUGCAGUGGGUAACAAAGACUGCUUAUGUUGAUGCCGGAAGCCUUCAUGUUCAUAACCAGAUUAGAGAUAAAAAUAUCCCAGCCUAGGCUCAGAAGCUCUCAUCUACCCCACUGUACCAGACAUCACAGAGACCUACGGCAUAGGCACACCAUAACACACCGUGUCCUUGCCAACUAGAACUCAGCUACACUAAUCCAGUUUGCCUUCACUUAGUCCAUUGUCCUCCAGGCCCUGGUGAUUCAAGUAAUCAUCUAGUUACUUCUUAUAACCUUCCCACCCCAGACUGGCAAGAAACAACGCUAGUCCUACUCCCAAAAUUUGUGACUGACCAGUAGCAACUAAGCCCUCACCCGGCCUAAACCCCACAUCUUUACCCCUCUCCCUCUUGGAAAUGGCAAUAGGAUUUGUGACUUCAUACUUCCAAAGGGUGAAAGGGGAUCAGCUGAGGUAAGUUACCUGGCGAUCCAACAUGCAGUCUUUAGGGAGUUCAUUCGUACUUGGCUGCUUGUCACAAAUGCUAACAACUUUCAACAGACCUCUCCUACAAAUAAAGGGCUGUCUAGACAUCAGGCAUUUUACCCCUCUACCUUAAAACGAAACAGAUAUCAGGAGUGAAGAGAUGAAGACUGUCCAAUCACCUGCACCCUUGCUGCUGACAGAAAUGUUAAGACACUCCCUAAAGGGUUAACCAAGAGAUAACUGUCAGGAAGCUGACAAGAAACACAUACAGUAGUACGUGAGUAUGUACGUGGGGUUUUUAAGGGACAAUCAGUUUGGAGUUUUUAGCUAUAUUGGAUAUAUUUACCCAUAUAUGAAUUGUGCUUACUGAUGUAUUUAUCUGAAGUAUUACUUGACUAUAGUCCUUUUUUGUUUGGAUUUUUUAUACUAUGUGUGUAUUUUGGAAAUCUUCUAGAUGUUAAAAAUUUUAAUGUUAACAAAUAUUUCUUAUAAAGCCAAGUUCCUAUCUGUCCAAGUUCCUGUUUAUCUUUGCAGUAACCGUUUUGUAUAUAUUCAAGAGGCAUAAGUUUUGGCCCUCCAUUCUAAUGGGGCUUUUUAUUUGAAGUGAUGUGGAUUUUUUAAAAAACAUAAUCCUCUCAAGACCUUUUCUACUAAAUUACUAAUACAGCUGAUGAGAUUUUUCUUGAAUAUUUUACAAGCCAAGGUUAUAAACAAAAGAAAAUAUUAUUUAAAUUCUUUUUUUCUACAGUUCAUUGUCUGUAUAAAGUAUGCAUCAGGAAUAAUCUGACUAGGAAGGUAAAUAAUGUAAAACAGAUGAUUAUUGUAUGAAAGUUGGUACAUAAUUCUUGAGGGAAAGUGAAAUAAACCAAUACAAUUCUUGAAGCCAUAUAUAAAAUCCGGAUGAAAAUAUUAUCAGUAUUAAUUAGCCUGCAUUUAUUCUAGUGUUUAAACUAAUUUUACUUUGUUUUAGUAAUGCAUUACAUUUAUAUAUGUGUAUUUUGGGAAAUAACUGAACUUAGUAGCAGUUUUAGGUUGUUCAAAGUAACACAGAACUUUUGUUCAUCUUUUAUCAGGAAAGGCGAAAUGGAGAAAUGUGGAUAUUGUGUAAUGUAAGCAUAUAUAUGAUUGCUACUAUUUAGUUGAGGGACAGAUUAGCUGUUCUGUUAGCAAAAAAAGAAACACUCUUUGCUACCAGAAAAUAUGAAACACGUUUGGUUUUAUUUUAUAUUAAAAAAUGAGAGUAGAAGCCAGGAAGGAAUGAUUUUUUAGAUAUUUAAUUGGUAGAUGGAAAUUCACCACUGUGCAACUGUGAAACUGUGAGUUAGAUUUGUAACGCUGGAAUACUGGUGUAUGCAAGAGGCCUGUGCCACGGAACUGAUAAGGAAUAGAUAGUGUCAGAGGUCUGCCAGCAAUGAUGCAGGCUUAAUUUAGAGAGGAACCCUGUAGAGCAGGGGUUCCCAACAUGGGGCCCACAGACCCCUUACUUAAUGGUAUUGGUCCAUGGCAUAAAAUGGUUGGGAAGCCCUGCUGUAGCAAUAUGACUACCAUUCAAACACCAUGUGAUAGCGUAGACUAUGCAUGUGCAUGUACUUUGCUUGGCCAGGUAAAUGCGAGCAUUCAAAGUCUUCAAUUUUUAAUCGUAGCCUUACUGAAAGCAUUAGAAUUUUAAUGAAUGCUGAGGAAGUUUGCAGAGAAAAUGUACUUGAACUUAACAUGCUGACAUAUUCUUUAGGAAAAAGCUCUUCACUACAUUUUUUUACAUAGAUAUAUUACACUGACUAAUACUGUGUCAAGCAUUUUUGGGUGCUUGAUUGUAGUCUCAAAUGAAGAAUAAGAUAUAUAUAUUUGGAACCUUACUGUAGACUAUUUGUAACCAGCAUGCCUUGUUUUUUUUUCUGAUCAACUUGAUGGGAUUGUUUACUUAUUAUUUCUAGAUAACAGUAUUAAGACUUUUUGUACAGCUGAAAUGUAUGGACAAACUCAGAGGGAUUGGGUAAUGGAGAAUUAAAUUCCUGUAUAUGAAGUGUUAUGAACAGUAAGUUCAAUGGGGAAGGACGUUACCUGGUCUCAUUGAUGUCCAUUACAAUGGCAUUCCCUCAUGUGCCUUAUUGUUGCUGGUUAGUAUAAGCCUGCUUAUGAAACUUUCAAUAGUAUUCUAUUGGUGCAUUAAAACAAUGCAAGAAAAAACAAGAAUUCUGUCCUGUGUUUGUGUUUAAUUCUCACCACAACCUCCUUUAAAUCAAAGAUCUUAAAACAAUGCUCAUGAGUACAACACAACCAUGACCUUAGACCAUGCCCACGGAUACAACACGACCGUGGUCUUAGACCAUGCCCAUGGGUACAACACAACCGUGACCUUAGACCAUGCCCACGGAUACAACACAACCAUGGUCUUAGACCAUGCCCACGGAUACAACACAACCAUGGUCUUAGACCAGGCAUGGGCAAACUAUGGCCCACGGGCCAUAUGCGGCCCGUUAAGCUUUUUAAUCCAGCCCGCAGAACUUGAUGAAAUUAUAUUAAUAAACCUUGUUAACGUUUUUUCCCCGCAAUUCUGGCAUUUUCCCAAUAGAUGACGCACUCUAUAUACAUUGACCUUUGUUGAGGUGCAGCGUAUUACUCCACAUUUACGCUUUACUUUGUGACCUUGUGGCGACCCAUUUCCUGGCACAUCCGAACCGGCUCACAGUUAGCCAGCGUUCCGGCUAAAGGAGAUAGCCUGCGGGGAUUUGCGAGCACAGAGCUCCGCAUACUAGCGUGCUCUCACUGUUCUGUCAUUGUGCGGGUCGUUGUUGAGUUUUGGCACGGGACAA